CUUUUUACAUUCUCGAAGAUAUCCUGGGAUGCGGGCAAUGAUAAUCCCGCUAUACGACACAAACCAGUUGCUUGAGCGAAGAACAGUAUCGCUUCGACUACCGACAGAAAAGUCAUGAAGCUGCAAGACUAUGUCAGAUAUCUCGUUUGUAUUUUUAUGGUGAAUUUCGGAACAACCUAUUGUAACAAACGCAUCAUUGUUCCUUCUCUCCGUUCCGUCGAUGAUCAAAUUAUACCCAGACAUGAACGCAGUGUUUUGGAUUUACUUUUUGGAAGACUCAGAACUUGUGGUGCCUGCUUAUGCGGCCGAUCAAAUCGUAAGGCAACACGGUUAUUGGGUGGUGAAUAUACAGAAUCACAUGAAUUUCCCUGGCUUGCAAAUGUUCACGUAAAAUCCGAAUUAAUUAGUGGAGUAUUGAUAAAUGAUCGUUAUGUCAUAACAGCAGCUAGUCAAAUAGUUGGAGCAACGACACCUGAAGUAAAAGUAUCCUUGGGAGAAUAUGAUAGAUGCACCUUAGAUAUUUCAUCAACAAAUGUUAGCGUUGAAUCUAUAAUUUUGCAUCCAGAAUUCAAUCCGGAUUUACAUACUCACGAUUUAGCUUUACUUCGUUUGAGUCGGCCAACUAAAUUUGAAAAAAGAAUAUCACCAGUAUGUCUACCCAAUCCAGGAUCAACUUAUCUUGGCCAAGUUGGAACUUUGGUAGGCUGGACUACAAGCAAAUCGGAAGAUAAUAUUGACACUCGGACAUGUCAACCACGAAAAUUAGGACUUCCUAUUCUAGGAUAUAACGAGUGCAUAAAAUCAGGAGCGAAUCAAAAUUUCAAUGAUGAUUAUGGAUGCAUCGGUGUUGUGGGUACAAGUUCUUUAGUGUGCGAGAAUGAUACCGGAUCUUCUGUCCAAUAUCGAUCAUAUGCUGGAAUUUAUGAUCUUAUUGGUAUUAUUCCAAGCGUGAAUAAAUGUGAUAAUGUUGUUAGACCAACUAUCUUUACGAAAAUUGGUCCACAGCUCGAUUGGAUAUUGCAGCAAACUAAGGAUGCAUGCUAUUGUACCAAAUAAUGCAACUUUUUUGA